AUGGUUUCUGGUUCGUAUUUUACUCCAUCACCAAUAGUCAGAAGUAAGAGUUCAUGUAGCAUCUCAACGUCAUUAAAUAAAAACAAUGAACUUUCUCGUGGUUUAAUGAGAAUAUGGCCUUGUAAUGUUCAGCUGUCCAGAUAUCAGUCGCUAGAACAUCCUAGCAAUUACUAUAAUUAUGCAAGAAAAUGUAUCUAUCCUCGACAUAGUGAAACAAUGUGGAAUUUAGUUAAUAAAGCUGCUGUCGAAAACGCUGCUCAUGAACGAGCUGAAGCAGAAGAUUUACGUUUACAGUCAUGUCAAAAAAUUCAACAGGUUAACAGGCAAACUAGGAAUAGGCAGGCUGAAGUAACAAAUAAAUUACGUGAAAGAGCAGAAGAAAUAAGCCAUUGGAAAGGUGAACUGAAUACUGAAAUUCAUCUUAAUGAUCAAGAACAAGAGAGACUAAAAACAAGUAUUCAACUUCUGAACUGUAACAAGGAGUAUAUCAAAAAACCACUAGAAAUAGCUGAAGAAUGCCUAGCGAACAGAGAACAAAGAUAUGGAAUUGAUGAAGUUAAAGAUAUCGUUGAAAGGGCAUUAAGCAAAGAAGUUCAAAAUGUCAACAAAGGAAUCGAACAAAUUGGCAAACUUUUUGAAAAAGCUGAAAUUCAACUUAAACUUUUACGUACAAUGCAAAAUGAGCUGCAAAAAGAUGCCAAUGAUAAAGAUCAUGCUCAUAAGAUCGAUGAUCGCUUGUAUGGUCUCUGUAAUUCUUCAGCAAAUAUUGCUUUCUAUGAUGGGAUUGAAUACGUAGACAAUACUCGAAGUAAUCCCACCUCAUGGAUGAGAUAUACACAAGAAAAUUUAAUCCGAUCACAGAACCAACGUAAUGCAUCUGAAAACUUACGUGAGAAAAUAGAUGCUGCUUUAAGAUCUAUAAUUGGCAACGUACAUGGUCAGUUCAUUACCGUAAAUAACGCACUACAAACAAGGAUUACUGAAGUAACCAAUGCAAGAGAUAACCUUCGUUUAUCCCUGAGAAAAGUUACACAAGAAUUAUAUGAAGUGGAAAAUUUAAUCGAUGCACUACAGAAAACUACGGAUGACAAAAUGAAGCCAUUGAAGGUUGCACAAACGAGACUAAAGGAAAGAACUGGAAGAUUAAAAACAAGAUAUCUUCCCAGUUCACCUAAUAGUGUGAUGACAACAGAAUAUUCCAAUGAAUGA